AGAUGUUCCUCAGCUCCAGAUUUCUUCGCUCCGUCCGCUACCAACCCAAUUCAACCUCGGCAUCGUCCCUGAUCAACGCACUCAUGAAGCCGGUCUUCAUCGGUCGCUAUCGUCCGUUAGUCCUGCUUCUCAACCGCCCGAACAUUCCCUCCAUACUCGGCAUCAGUGCGGGCUCAAGACGGAAUCAUAGCCACGGGAACGGACGGAGUUCCCCCGGGAAUUCCUCGUCCGCUGGCGGGAAGAAAGGGGGAUCCGGCGACCAGUUUGGAAAAGGGGGUGCGGGAGGUAAUCGGAGGCAAGAUGCUGGGAACCCUGGGAAUGGGGACGGGAGAGGAAGCGAGAGAAAACCAGCUAGCAGCGGGGAAGGAAAGGAAGGCAGUUAUCAAACCCUGAGUCCCGCAAUGAUCCAGGUUUAUUCUGAUCCCACACUUGCAAGAACUGUACGUGAACUGUCUGUCGUCCUUCAACGGGUACGUAACCAGCUCAAGAACCUAAAGGAAGACGUUGAAGACACUGCCUUUGAGCUCCUGAAGCAGGGACAGAAGCAGGCCACUUUGGACAAGGUGUCCAAGGAAGCCUGCAAACAGUCUUCAGAAACCUCAAAGGCGGUCAAGGAUCAAACCCAGGUCCAGACCAUCAUGGAGCGAAACCUAGAGUUCUUCUCCAGAAUGUCCGCGAGCCACGAUAAUCAGAUCCGUGAUUCGAUCCUGCGGUUGAACGAGUGUGAACGUCGCCUGGAGGUGGCCCUCUCCAAGCUGGAUUAUAUCAGUUCUUCCCUCCAGCGUGUGAAGCGAUUGGUGACUGAGGAUAUCAAAGGAGAGCUCCAAGAACUCAGAUUGGCCAUAAAGAUAUCCAAAAACGAGACAAGGAAUAUCAAAGAUGCUCUGGUGCGCGAAGGAAUAGUUGUGAAUUCCACACCAACCCAUCAACGGGGUAACAGUGAACAACUGAAGUCUGAGGAAGUUGCACUGAUCAAACAAGAAUGAUGAACCGGUGAAUGAAUCACCAGAUAUAAGAGCCUACUUCUGAAGCAAAUAACAAGCAGUAAAAUGAAGAUCAAAUUGUCCAUGUUAGUUCCUAAAAUGGCAAAGUUACCAUAAAUAUAAGCCUUUAUGAAACAGACCCUGGUCAUGCUAUCUAGUUAUAGCAACAGGCCUGAGCUGCCCGAGCUUUAUAUUUUGGAAUGUGUGAUAGCUACAUGUAAUUAAAAUAAACUCUAAAAUGAUAUUCUCGCACGACUUGGUUCUCCCAACUGAAAUGUUCCCUAGCACAAAUUAUGAGGCUCAUGAGUAGAAGGCAACAUACUACUCAGGUCAUCAGCAAAUACUAAGAAUGCAAAACUGGUGAAGAGGAAUCAACAUGUUUCUAUAGAAAUGUACAGCCAUGUUUGUAGACAGUAUUAGAUUUUUGUUCACAAAAUUCUGCGAAUCUUAUUUUGCAAAAUAGUCUUAAAGUACUCUUGUGUAGAACAGGUACAUUCCUUCUCUUACACAGAUGCAUGAUUUGGUACCAAAGUUGGGUUAGAAAUCUAAAGCUGUCUCAGCUGGCUUGGUUUCAACUUUCCUAUAAAAACUAGAAGCAUGUUUACUAACCGUCCAUGGUAAAUACAUAGCCUUCUACUAAUGAGCAGUACAGUCACAGAAGGAAGAGUUAGAACCUUCAUUUUGAAAAGGAUUGUGGUCGUUUUGUAUAUAUAUAUAUGUUCUGGGCGCAACUGGCAAAAUGAUACAAAACUGAUUUUUUGCAUAGCUUUAUAUCAGGCUUUAUUACAAAACAUCAAAAUAUUUACACAUUUUUCAAAAGUAGAACCACAAGGAACUGCUAUGAUUAACUGUACAUUUGGUCACAGUUUGAUAGAAUAUGUCAUCAUUCUGUAUGAGAAGCUGGCUUUCCAUAGUUGUGACUGAUCCAAUCAAUUGCAACAAUGGAAAGCUACGUCAACAUCUAAAAUACAUGUUCAAAAUAUUUUCUAGAAAUGAUGUAUAUUCCUACAUUCACUGCUAUCUUGGCAAUUUAGUACGCUUCUCUGUUUUCAAAGGACAUUGUGCAAA